AUGUUGUCCUAUAUAUCCUCAUUCUUCUUAUGGGUUGGUAUCAUUACCUUUGCCUCUUACCUCAUUCCAAUUCUAUUAGCAGCAUUUAAAUGGCAACCACAAGAUUUAAAGAAAAAGUAUAAUGCCAAGUGGGCUUUGGUCAGUGGCUCGUCGAGUGGUAUUGGCAGAUCGGUUGCCAAGAAGCUCGCUCAACAAGGUUUGAAUGUAGUGUUGGUUGCUUUGGAAGACGAAGCUUUGAAGGGUACCGUCAAGUCGUUGAAGCAAGAGUUCCCAAGCCUCGAAUUCAGAGGUGUCGGUGUUGACUUGGGUCGUGUCGACGACACCUACUCGUACCUUGAUAUCAUUGCCAAGGCUACCAACGACAUUGACGUACAGAUCCUCGUCAACAACGCUGGCUACAUUCAAUUGUCUGCCUUUUUCCGUGCACCUUUGAACAAGCAAAUUGCCAACCUCGAAUGCAACAUGAUGUCUCAUGUCAAGCUCACCCAUCACUUUGUCAGCAAGAUGAUCGAAAAGAAGUUAAAGGGAUGUGUCACGUUCACCUCAUCGCAAGCUGCCUUUUUCCCAGCUCCAUCAUGUUCUACCUAUGGUGGUGGUAAGUCUUUCCUUUCGGCCUUUGCUACAUCGCUCUCGAUCGAAUGCUACAACUAUGGUAUCGACGUGUUCUGUUUGAUGUCUGGUCCAAUCCGUACCAACUUUUACGACAAGGCUCCCAAGCUCUCUGCCUUUAAGUUCUUCCACGCCAUCUCUGACACUCCAGACUCUGCUGCCGAUCUCAUCCUCAGCGGUGUCGGUCGUAUCACCUGGAGAGACAGCUCGCUCUUUACCGUCGCAACCAGACUCCUCACCAAGAUUGUUGACAUGAACCUUUUGGUCGCCGGUAUUGCUCGUGGUCAAUCUCUCAGUUCUGAUUUCAAGAAUCAUCCAGAACUUCGUUAA